AAAGCCAACGUUGUCGGAGUUUCAUUCUUCGAUUCGAUUCGUUUCUUCUUCUUCUUCGCUCGCUUUUCUCUCUCUUCAUCGCCCCAAUUUCGCAGAGAAGAGAGAGAGAGAGAGAGAGAUCAGCGAUUCACCGCAAAAAUGGGUACCCUUCAGUCUUGGAGAAGAGCUUACGGUGCCAUCAAAGACACCACCAAAGUGGGUCUUGCCCAUGUCAACAGCGAUUACGCCGAUUUGGAUGUUGCCAUAGUCAAAGCCACCAACCACGUUGAGUGUCCUCCCAAAGAGAGACAUCUAAGAAAGAUUCUGUUUGCCACUUCUGCUAUUAGGCCUAGGGCUGAUGUUGCUUACUGCAUUCACGCUCUUUCUCGGCGGUUGGCCAAGACGCGGAAUUGGACGGUAGCGUUAAAAACACUGAUAGUCAUCCAUAGGUUAUUGAGGGAGGGUGAUCCAACUUUUCGAGAAGAACUUCUGAAUUUCUCACAGAGAGGACGGAUUCUCCAAAUUUCAAAUUUUAAGGAUGAUUCUAGUCCAAUUGCUUGGGAUUGUUCUGCCUGGGUACGUACGUAUGCAUUAUUUUUGGAAGAAAGGCUUGAAUGUUUUCGGAUUCUGAAGUAUGAUAUUGAAGCUGAGCGUCUACCCAAGCCUGCCCCAGGGCAGGAGAAGGGUUACAGCCGGACCAGGGAUUUGGACAGUGAGGAGCUAUUGGAACAGUUGCCUGCUUUGCAGCAGUUGCUAUAUCGACUUGUUGGUUGCCGGCCAGAAGGAGCUGCUGUUAGCAAUUAUGUGAUACAAUACGCACUAGCUCUGGUACUGAAAGAGAGCUUCAAGAUUUAUUGUGCUAUCAAUGAUGGCAUUAUCAAUCUUGUUGAUAAGUUUUUUGAGAUGCCCAGACAUGAAGCUAUUAAAGCCCUUGAAGCCUAUAAACGUGCGGGUCAGCAGGCAUUAAACCUCUCUGAUUUCUAUGAAGUUUGCAAAGGAUUGGAACUUGCUCGGAAUUUUCAGUUUCCUGUCUUAAGAGAGCCUCCACAAUCUUUUCUUACAACCAUGGAAGAGUACAUCAAGGAGGCUCCACGAGUGGUUACAGUUCCAAGUGAGCCAAUGCUUCAGUUGACUUACAGACCCGAUGAGGUUCUUGCAAUUGAAGACACCAAAUCACCUGAAGAAGAGGAGACAUCAGUUCCUAUUGAUAAUAAUGUUGUGGUCCCCAAUUCUGAGCCUGCACCUCCUCCUCCACCAACACUACCUCAAAACAAUUUUGACACGGGAGAUCUACUGGGAUUGAAUGACAUAGCACCUAAUGCAUCAGCUAUAGAGGAAAGUAAUGCUCUUGCCCUUGCCAUCGUUCCCACUGAAAAUGGCACUGCAUCAACUUUUAACUCAGGUGCUGCUCAAACAAAAGAUUUUGAUCCAACUGGAUGGGAGCUUGCCCUGGUCAGCACUCCAAGUACUGAUAUUUCUUCAGUCAAUGAGAGACAAUUGGCUGGUGGAUUAGACUCGCUCACUCUUAACAGCUUAUACGACGAGGGUGCAUACAGAGCUGCACGACAACCGGUUUAUGGAGUACCAUCAGCCCCAAAUCCAUUUGAAGUGCAAGAUCCAUUUGCUGUAUCCAGCAGCAUCGCUCCACCAGCCGCCGUCCAAAUGGCCGCAAUGCAACAACAAGAAGCAAAUCCAUUUGGUCCUUACCACCAACCGUUUCACCCGCAGCAGCAACAGCAGCAUAUGUUGAUGAACCCGGCAAAUCCCUUUGCCGACGGAGGAUUCGGGGCAUUUCCUGCCAAUUCCAUUUCUCACCCACAGAACAACAACAACAAUCCAUUUGGAAGCACAGGCUUGUUGUGAGAAUGCCCUUUUUGGAAACGUGUGAUGUAUUUAAUCAAUCAAUUUGGUUUUGUGCAUUUCAGAAGUGAGUAAAUAGUUACAUGAGCUACUAAUUUGUUGUUAGAUAGAUGUCUUCUGGAAUGAAAGGGUUGCCUUGUAAAUUCUAUAUAACACUAUGCACUUGAUCAUUUUAUGAUAUGCACAAUGGUGGGAUGGCUUUCUUUGAACAUUUUACUAAUACACGAACACUUCUAUACA